GAUGACAAAUACGGAGAGUGUUGCCUGAAAACUGCAGUAUGGCUUCUUGGUUCUAUCUGCCGUCACACAACAGAUCCACACCGCUGUGAUGUCCCUCUUAUCUUCCUUGAUCUUGUCUGUCUGAUUGCAAAGGCAUACGACUGCACUGAUUCCAAGUCAAGAGAGAGAAUUCAUGAAGAGUCAAUUGGGGAGACAAUAGAAACAAUGACGCAAUGGCGAAGAACUACCUUCCAAAACAAUCUGCUGAAUGAAUACAUACAUACAGACUUUUCUGUACCACGUGAAGUUGAGGUAUGGAACAAGUUACUCUCACUAUCCUUCAGUCAUGAGCAACAUACUUCAUUCUGGAGAACCACCUUCAUGAAUGAUUUUGAAGGAAAGUUAAAAAAGGAAAAACUAGCGAAUCAAGUUGGAAUCUACUCCAAGAAGAUGGAAGAACUGAGCCAGGCAUGUCCGCUGUUAUGCAGCUCAAUGGAGAAAUGUGCUUUGGAAGCGAUUGAAGCUGUUUGUCAGGAUAAAUCUGGCAGAGCAGUUUCAGCUCUAUUGCAGACACAUGAUAUCACAAGGUUUGGGAAGCUGAUGUCUGUUGUUUUGGUGAAGUCAUGGCCCACGGAUGCCACAGGAGGUUGCAUUGAAGGAGAGGACUUGAUAUUUGAGCACCUCUUAAAUUGGCCCAUGGCCAAAAGUGUCUUCCAAAUGACAGGUGCACGAGGAAGUCUGAUUGACAAAUUGUCAGAUGAAGCUCAAAUCAGGAUGUCUUUGGCAAAUUCAGCAUUCAAAUCUGUGUCAGAGAAAUUCUUCAGUGGAGAAAUCCAAAUGAAGACGUUAAACCAAAUCUUGCAGAGAGAACAAGAAUUUGUUGACUUGCUGAAGAUAGAUGGCCUCUGUGAUGAUGGUCGUUGUAAAGAUGACAGAAGCAUGAGACGAUUACUCAGACAAAGAAAAGACGAAGCUGAAGCUGUCCACAAUGAGAAGGAGCUGGUCAAAAGUCUUCUACAAAUCUGCCAGGAGCUUCCGCAACAUGUCAAAGUUGACUUCAAGGGGUUGGACACAAAACUUCGCCAGAACAUUGAGACAAUGAAUCUGAAUGAAUUCAUGAAGGUUUUCACUCUUGAUGGACAGACCCCUAGUACAAUUGGGCAGGUUACUUAUUUCAACCUUUGUGAUAUCAGCCGACAAAUGGCUUCAGAACUACAGGCCAUUAAAGAUAGUUCAAUCUUCAAAAUGUGCUGGAUGAACCAAGUGGAAGAGCUGUCAAGAGACCAACCUGAUACAGAUGAUAUUGAUGAAGAAAUCUACACUCUCGACCUGGUGUACAGCAAAAUAUUUCAGAGCUGCUACAGCAGGUACAAAGGGCUCUAUGAAGGUCUGGCGAGUGGGGAAUUGUUACUGGAGGAAAUAGACAGCAUCUUUGAGGACUAUAAAGGAAAGUAUGAAGACCUGCGAAAAGAUUUAGACAUCAUGUGCAGAAUAAAUCCAUCUGAUAAGAAAAAAUGGAUCAAUAAAAGAAUAAAACAGAUUCAACAGUACCAGGAUCUUCAUCUUGCAAUGGACUCUGCCAAAAUCAUCAUGGAUAUCAGGAACGCAAUAUGUCCAGAAGGAGACUUCAAAGUGCUGGAGAAUUUGCUGCAUGUGAAUCAAGCUGACUUCAAGAAAAACAGCCUUAAUUGCAUUGAUGAUAACUUCAUAAAGGCCAAAGAGAUUCUGAAAGACAUUACAGAUAAUCACAGGGAAUGUCUUCAGGCACUCAGUCAGACAUCAGAGUUUGUCCAGUGGGUUAAAAAAGCACUUACAGAUAUCAAUGAGCUGAAAGUUUUUGUUGACCUGGCAUCCAUCUCUGCUGGAGAAAAUGACCUGGAUGUGGAUCGAGUGGCCUGUUUUCAUGACGCUGUCCUUGGUUACUCAUCUAUGUUGUAUGGACUGAAGGAGGACUCUGAUUUUGAGGCCUUCAAGAAGUCAUUGUCCAAAUUGUGGAAAGCACUCGAAAAUGACAGAAAAAUGCCAAAGAAGUUGCGAGAUACAGCACGGCAUCUGGAUUGGUUAAAAACUGUUAAGGAAAGCCAUGGAUCUGUUGAAUUUUCAUCCCUGUCCCUGGCUAAAUCCAUCAAUGAGAGAGGGAUAUACACCAUCAAGGCCCAGGACCAGAAAAGGCUAACUUUAGAGACUUCACUGAUGCUGCAAAUUCAGAACGGACAUGAAAAAAACAGGACAUGCACCUACGAUGACCUGAAAGAAUUGCAGAACAAGCUCAUGCUAAUGUCUGGAAGAGGAGAACAUAAUGAGAGUGAGGUGGAAUGCUUUACUGAGGUGUUUGACAAUGUCCAAAGGCUUGCAAAAGUAUUUGUAGACCUUUAUGCUGCAGGAAACCCACUCUUCAGAUUCUGGGAAGCUAAGAUUUAUUGCAAAACUCAGACCGGCCCAUGUAUCAUUAUGGAAAUCAACUUUUGUCAGACACUUCACCACAUCGAAGUAUGUGGAAGUCUGGUUGAACAACUUGCAGCUCUGUCCAAGAAGAUGGAGUUGUUUCUUGAUGACUGGCAGAACUUUGUGAACCAACAGAGAUGUGAUCACUACUACUUAAACUACUUCACAGCAGAACAAAUAUUCUAUCUGUGCAGUAUUGUGACUCCAACAAAUGUGAAUGCAGUGAUAGAGGACAAAGCUUUGAUGAUGCUGUCUUUCAUCAAACCGAACUGCACAUCGUUAGAUGUCUGGAGUGCAUGGGAAAGGUUUCAGAACCACUUUGAACCUGGUAAAAGGACCAAUGAAGCUAUUCUCUUUCAAAGUCACUUUUUCCACCAGGAUGAUAUGGAUACAUCUUCAGCCGAUGUGAGUCAUGUUACAGCUGAAGAUGCAGCAGAAAAUGCAGACCAUGCUGUUGGUUUGAAAGAACUGGAAGAGUUGUGGAAUGCCUACAUGAUGAAUGAGGGAAUGUUUUUCCAUGAUCUUUUGGACUUAAGAAGUUUAGGGGGUCUGUUAAAACUGAUGACUGAUACAGAAAACCAAAAUGAAGAUGAAUGGCAGGAACCAGUGCUCUCAGACACAAAAGACAUUUCACUCAGAAGAACGCUCCCAAAAGGCCUUGUCUCAAACCAACCUAAUCUAAUAAUCUGCCCACACGAUGAGAUUCUGACUUCAAGUAUCUGCUUAUACAUGACCAAUGAUUAUGAGGCACUGCCGAGUUAUGAUGAGGUUCUCUUGUGUACUCCUGCAACAUCAUAUGAGCAGGUAGAGCUUUUCCUAAGGAGAUGUCUCACACCAGGUGACUUUGGCCAGAAGAUUUACACAAUGCUCCGAGCAGACCAACUAAGCUAUGAUGUUAGCUGUACAAUGGAGAAGUGUUUUCAGAAACUGCGGUCUCAGUUUAUCCAUGAGUACCAGUUAGUGAUCUACUGCAGCUCUGACAGGGAACACACUUACAUUCCUACUGCAUUCAGUCAGUUCAAGAGAGACUUUGUGCCAAACGAACCAUUGGAAAGGAUCCAGAGGUACUUGUCCCAACAUUACACUGUCCCCUCAGAUCACAAGAACGCUGUGUUCAAAGGUGGUCAUACUGUUGGCAUUGUUGCUUCUAGACGUGCAGGAGUUGGCAAGUCACUGUUUGUCCAAAGAUUGUAUGAAAAACUGGAGGAAAAUGUUGAACAAGGAACUGCUUUCAAGAAGUGUAUCCGCCUAGCUGAACAUGAAAUCAAUGACCACAAGGUUCUCCAGUCUUUGUAUGACUCACCGAAACAGAGAGAUCUCAUUAUGUUUCACUUUGAUGUCACAUCCUCGGUGCGAAAGGGCUUGAAUGAAUUCCUAUUCAAGCUUUUGUUUUUGCGUUACCUGAUGGAUUCAGAUGGAUGGAUGUGGCGCUGUAGCCACAAACACUUGUAUAUCAUUGAAUUACUGGAAUCCACAAGUGAUCAGCCCAGAUGUACCCCCAUAUCUGGGCGAAAGGAAAACUUUCCAUUCUUGGAUGUUUUCCCUAAGGUGACUUGCCGUCCACCAAAGGAGGUUAUGGCUUUGGAAAAGAGGAGAGAAGAAAUCACUGAAAUGGAGAGUGAUGACCCCCUCAUGGAUGAUAAAUGUUUCCAGAGUGAAGCCUAUCAAAGACCAUAUCAGUACCUCACGCGUUUUCGAAACAAUGAAAAUCUUGACAAAUUCAUUUACCAAGGCAUUGAAGGGUCUCAUGCAGAGUGUAUCCAGAUACUGCUGUUCUACUGUGGCAUACCAGAUCCUUCAUGGGCGGAGCUACGUAACUUUGCCUGGUUCCUUAAUCUUCAGUUGCAAGACUGUGAAACUUCAGACUUCUGCAAAUUUGAAUUGGUGGGAGACACACUACGUGGGUUCAAAAACUUUGUGGUUGAGUUCAUGAUCUUGAUGUCCAAAGACUUUGCAACCCCAUCACUGUGCAUCACUGACCAGAGCCCAGGGAGGCAACAAAUAGACAUCAGUGGGCUUAAUGAAAGAGAUUUAGCUCCUUUCCUCAUCAGAAAAAGGUGGGAAUCCGAGCCACAUCCAUACCUCUUUUUCAAUGAUGACCACAUGUCCAUGACUUUCAUUGGGUUUCACCUUCAGCCCAAUGACCAGAAUGGGGUUGAUGCCAUAAAUCCCUCGACAGGAAAAGUGAUAAAGAGAAACAUCAUGACUCAAGAGCUGUACAAUGGCUUAAAACUUCAGAGAGUCCCUUUUAAUAGGGACUUUGAUCAGCUUCCUCGAGCUGAUAAGAUUGAGCAUCUAUGCAGUGUGCUUGGCAUCAAAUGGCAUACAGAUCCCGAUGAAACAUAUGAACUGACAACUGAUAAUAUCCUCAAAAUGAUGGCAAUCCAUAUGAGAUUUAGGUGUGGCAUCCCAGUCAUUAUAAUGGGUGAAACAGGAUGUGGUAAGACACGGCUCAUCAAGUUUAUGUGUGAGUUGAGAAGAUGUGGAGCACCAACAGAAAACAUGAAACUGGUCAAGGUUCAUGGAGGAACUACAUCAGAAAUGAUAUAUGAGAAAGUGAUGGAAGCAGAAAUUCUCGCAAGGGCCAAUAAAGAGAAUCAUGAGUUUGACUCGGUUCUUUUCUUUGAUGAAGCAAACACCACUGAAGCAAUAAGCAGCAUCAAGGAGAUCCUUUGUGAUAACUCUGUGCAAGGACAUCAACUUGGCUGUCAAACAGGACUGCAGAUUAUUGCUGCAUGCAACCCCUACAGGAAGCAUAAAGACAAGAUGAUUGAGAGGCUAGAGGCAUCUGGAUUGGGCUACCGGGUCAGGGCUGAAGAAACUGAAGACAGACUUGGAUCCAUCCCUCUCAGACAGCUUGUCUAUCGUGUUCAUGUAUUACCUCCUAGCAUGAUUCCUCUUGUUUGGGACUUUGGACAGCUCAAUGACUCAACAGAGCAAAUGUACAUUGAACAAAUAGUGCAAAGACAGGCCAAGAUGAACAUGAUUGAGAAUAGUUAUAUUCCAACUAUAACUAAGGUGUUAUCAUCGUCACAAAAGUUCAUGAGGGAAAGGAAAGAUGAAUGCAGCUUUGUCAGUCUGAGGGAUGUUGAACGCUGUAUGCAUGUCUUUGUGUGGUUCCACAAAAAUCACUCCAUGUUUGCUGAGGAACUGACAACAUUCCUUCAGAGGAAAAAAAACAAGCCACCAUUUUUACCUGCUAGGGACAGAGUAAUAUGGUCUCUCUUGAUGGCCAUUGGAGUGUGCUACCAGUCCUGCUUGGAGGACAAAAGGCCAUAUCAGAAAACUAUCAGCCCAUUGCUUCCUCCUGGAUACAAUACACAGAGAGUACAAAAGGAAAUCCAACUCAUGCAGGACCUCCUACUCAAAGGUGUGCCCAUGGGUAAAACAAUAGCCAGAAAUGAUGCUUUGAAAGAAAAUUUCUUCAUGAUGGUGAUCUGUGUUGAACUAAGAAUUCCCCUGUUUAUCGUUGGGAAACCAGGGAGCUCCAAAUCACUCUCCAAAACCCUAGUUGCAGAUGCAAUGCAGGGCCCUGCAUCACAUUCUGAACUCUACAAGAGGCUGAAGCAGAUACAUCUGGUGUCUUUUCAGUGCAGCCCUCAUUCAACUCCUGAAGGAAUCAUCAACACAUUCAAACAGUGUUCCCGCUUUCAGGAAAGUAAAAACUUGGAUGAAUACAUUUCUGUAGUUGUUCUUGAUGAGAUUGGAUUAGCUGAAGAUUCCCCUAAAAUGCCACUGAAAACACUGCACCCAUUACUGGAGGAGGGCUGUGUCGAUGAUGAGCCGCAACCUCAUAAAAGGGUUGGGUUCAUUGGAAUUUCCAAUUGGGCACUGGACCCUGCCAAGAUGAAUCGUGGAAUAUUUGUGUCCCGUGGAGACCCAAACCAAAAAGAGCUCAUCAAAAGUGCCAAGGGGAUAUGUUCAUCUGAAGAAAAGGUUCUUGAAAAGAUCACACACCUUGUUGAGCCCUUUGCCAAAGCAUAUAUGACAGUAUGCAAAGAAGGCAAAGGUUUUUUUGGUCUGCGGGAUUUCUACAGUCUGAUAAAGAUGGUAUUCUCAAUUACCAAAAUCUGUAACAAUAGUCCCACUGCAGAUCAAAUCACUGCUGCAGUCCUGAGAAACUUUAGCGGAAAGGAUGAUGUUGAUGUGAUGACCAUAUUCCACAGAGAACUCAGAGAUGACUUUGCAUGUGCUACCAUUUCCACUAUUGAUUUGGUUGAGCAAAGCAUCUCUCCUGUCCAGGUUCAGGAAGGUGCCAUUGAUGUAGCAAAACAAAGCAUCUCCCCAUUUUGCCAAGCACAAGAAAGUCGUUACUUACUAUUUCUCACAAAAAACUAUGCCGCUCUUCAGAUUCUCCAACAGAUCUUCUUCUCUCAACAAAUCCAUCCAGAGAUUAUCUUUGGGUCCAGUUUUCCAAAGGAUCAGGAGUACACACAGAUUUGUCGGAACAUCAAUCGUGUCAAAGUUUGCAUGGAGACUGGACAAACAGUUGUACUUCUGAACCUUCAGAAUCUGUAUGAAAGUCUGUAUGAUGCUCUCAAUCAAUACUAUGUGACCCUUGGGGAUCAAAAGUAUGUUGACCUCGGAUUAGGAACACAUCGUGUGAAAUGCAGAGUUCACAAAAACUUCAGGCUCAUUGUCAUUGAGGAGAAAGAGGUGGUCUAUGAACAGUUUCCAAUCCCACUGAUUAACAGGUUGGAGAAACACUACCUUGACAUCAACACUGUUCUCAGAGAUGAGCAGAAGGGAAUUGCCAGACAGCUACAGAAAUGGGUUGAUGACUUUGUCUCCUCAAGCAGUCAAGACUCCACAAAAAAACGAUAUGCUCCAAGUGAUGUCUUCAUCGGCUACCACUCAGACACAUGCUCCUCUGUGGUCCUGCAAGCAACAGACAAUCAAAGUGUUGAAACUGAAGCUCAGACCAUUCUGGACAAAGCCAAAGGCAUUCUGCUCAACUGUGCCACUCCAGACUCUGUCGUUCGCCUGGACAAAUCCAGACUGCCAGAUGAAGAACGAGAACAGUUAAUGAAAGAAUAUGUUAGAGAGGAGAUGCACAGUUCACUGGGAGACUACAUAGCCCAUCACACACAGAAGGCAGAACAGUCCCACUUAUUCACAGAGGUCACAACAUUUUCCAGGCUACUGACUGCAACAGACACUGAGCAACUGCAGAGGAUGAUAAAGCUUAAUGAUGUCAAGCUGCUGUCACUGCACCAGUUUGACACAGAGUACUCUUUCCUCAAGAAAAUCAGGGAAUUUCUUGGCUCAGCAACUGCAGACAAAGUGCUCAUUAUCCAAACAGACUAUGAUGAAGACUCCCACACAAGGAAUCUUCUUUCCUCAGCCAAGUACUCGUGCAUCAAUGAAAUAAACAAGUGGGACACUACUGACAACACAAAGACAUUUGUGUACUUUGUCACCAAACUUCCUCGCAUUGAGGGGGGGACCUCCUACGUUGGCUUUCAAGGCGGUCCUUGGAGUUCUGUUCACAUUGAUGAUCUCAGAAGAUCAAAAGAGUUUGUGUCUGAUGUUCAUUACUUGAAAAAUCUACGCAUAAGUGAUCUUUUUGAAGAUCCACCUGAGGCUUGAGGCCACAUGGUUCAGAACACAUAGUUUUAGGGGAUUCACUUGUGGGACAACAUUCCUUAAUUGAAUAAUGAUUCUUUUCAGGUUUUGGGCCUGCUCAGGAGUUGUGUUCAGAGUGCAGUGAGCAUGCUCAGAGAUGCAGCGGACAGUGGAGAACUCAGUACUAAGAGAGUUGAAAACCUACUCACACUUCUGGAUGAAAAUGUGUUUCUGAAAAUUGUGAGGAACCGUCUCCACUCGAUAUUAGAAGAGUAUGAAGCCAAAAUCCCCAAUCCAAAAAAUUGGGUUCUCAGGGAGGCAUCUAAUGUCAACGCUCUUCAAGAAGGGGGAACAUUUCUGCACACACUGUGGAGGAAAGUCCAAGCAGUUGUCACUCCACUUCUAGCCAACUUGGUCUCAGUUAUUGACCGAGACUGCAAUUUGGACCUCUUGCUGGGUAGUGGAGAAGACAUCAGAAACCUAUGGCUUGAGAUAUUUGAAAGCAAAGAGAUGCUUGAUAUACCUUAUGUGAGAAUGGAAAACUCCACAGUCUUGAUGGAAAGCCAUAUCACAGGUGGCAGCACGAUGCGCUGCGUCAUGCCAUUCAGCUGGUGGAUCAAAGACUUCUUGGAUGGACUCAUGGUGCAAACAUCCAGACAUGAAAGUCAUUUGCAUGGUCACUUCCAUGAGCUGUUCUUGAACACUCCACUUGGCAGUUACAUGGCGGAAAAAGUGAAUAAAAAAAUGAAGAAAGAAUUUUUCGAAAGGUACCUGCAGGAUUUUGUCUGCAUGACAAUGAAAGUGGCAUCUGAUGAAGAAUUACAGCUUUUGAGACAGGCCCUGGCCAGCUGUGUUGAUGAGGUACGGAGACGACAAAGAGAUGGAGAUGAGCUCUCUCUUCCUCACAUCCACAUCGCCUACCAAUUCUACCAAAGUCGUCUCCAGAACCUCUCGCGGAUGAUUUCUCUUCAGCCUGAAAUAGUUUCUCCUUUGCGAAGAAACAUUAAACACUGUCCAGAGAUGGUUUUGGAUGUCUAUGCAGCAAUGGCAUGUGUUGAAAGCCUAGACUGUCCUGCUUUAGAUACGGAUGCUCUCUGCCAGCAGUGGCUGAAGAAGGUGAAGAGACUGCAAGCCUCUUUGGAGUGGAUUUGCGCCCAACAAUUGCAGUUACGAUACAAAGAACUCCAAAAUGUUCGUAAUGGCUGGAGGCGAAUUUACAUCCUCUCAUUGUUUGUGGAACACAUGCUGUUGGGUUUCCAUAAUGAAGAGAGGCAACUCAGAGCACUGGUCCUGAAUCACUUCAAAACUUUAAGCAAGGUUCUGAUGGGAAAUUCAGAUGUAAAAUCAUUUAAGGCUUUUAAAGCUGUGAUUGAUGUAUUGAAGUCAAGCAAGCAGGAGGCAAGUGAUCAGAUUUUCAGGUUUGGACUUCAGUGUGGGGUGUGCUUGAGAGAGCCCCAGGACCCUGUGGAGCUGCCAUGCCAUCACAUCUACUGCUUAACAUGCAUUAGGGAAAGCCUUGAUGCAGGACAAACCUCUUGUCCCUUUUGCAGGCAAGAAUUACCAAACGACUUUCAGCCACACGUGUCUGAAGAUAUCAGGGCCUCUAUCAAGAGAAACGCAAAAUUCAGGCAACAUUGCAAUGGUUUCUUCAUUGAUCUUCUCUCCAGUGUGUGCUUCAAAGACAACAGUCCACCAACUAGCGGUGUCAUCACCAACCUGUUGUCCUACCUGAUGGUUGAGACAGAACAUGAACAGAUUCACACCAAAGAUCUGUCACCUUUUGACGAGUCUCCAGAUAAAAACCCAGUUGUGCGAUCUGUGAUUCUCAAGCUCUUGCUGAAGUUCAGCUUUUAUGAAGUUAAGGAAUAUUUGCAGCAGCAUUUGUCAUCUGUUGAAGACAGCAAAUUCGUGGAUGAGGAGGACAAAGCAGAGCUUUACGCCUUGUACAUCAACUGCUUAGAGGACUCCAUGUGGGAGAAAAUGCCCCAGGAAGACGACAAGGCUAAAGUGUUGAGGCCACUUUACAAUGAUGAAACACAGUUCCUGCGCUUCUUUUUGGCUGAAGUUGCUUCUGUUCCAGCAACUGUGUCGAUUGAACAUCUGCAGCACAUUGCACGACUACGUCUUUCCCUCACCAUGGCUGCCCAGCUCAUCAGUGACAGUCUGCCUGAAAACGACACCCCAGACGUAGCAGAAGAAUUCAUGAACAUGGUGAUGAAGCUCUGUGAAGAGAGUGGGAAUGACUGGUACCGUGUUUACCUGAUCCGCAAGCUAAGUGAAUGGCAGGGUGUCGAGCUCGUCCAGACUCUGGUGAAACAGGAAAAGUUCGGCUGGCUUUUCCCUGCAGAGGUCCAUCAACAGAAUGAAGAUGGAGGCCAGAUGGACCAGUAUCUUGUGUAUGGAGAUGAAUACAAGGCAGUGAGGGAUGCUGUUGCCAAAGCAGUAGUGGAUGGAAAUGUUGAACAAAUAGAAGAAGUCUGUGAGACAUGCACUGCACCACCAAGGAAUCGGACAAUGUUCAUCCUCCUGGCACUUUUCCGCGAGGUUACAACUCUGUACAGAUCCGAAAAUACAGGUCUUCAUCCCACCCCUGAGCGAUGCCAGUCAUUUAGAGACCUCAUCCAGGGCUCAACGUAUCUGCAUCACAGAAAAGUGAGAGACUUUGCCUCAGCCUUGGUUCACAACAAGUUGGGAGGCCUGGCCAUCCACCCUGAUUGUACUAUUGUACAAAAUGCUGUCAUAGAGCUGACUGUCCACCUGGCAGCUGUGCUGCUCACUGAGACUUACCCUUUGUUGACGCCACUCCAGCAACUUGGUCUGUCACCUGAAAAUAUGCAGGGGGCUUUUAUACCCACAAUGCCUGAUGACAUGUUAGCUGUUGCUCAAGCAGUCAUACAACAAGACUAUGGGCAGCUCACUUGGUAUGUGUGUCCAAAUAAUCACCCAUGCUUUGUUGAUGCGUGUGGCCUGCCCAUGCAGAAAGGCAGAUGUCUGGAGUGUGGCCAUGAGGUCGGAGGGGAGCAUCAUGCACCAGUGCCUAACUUCAGACCAAUUCAGCUGCACCAUGAUCGCACAAGGCCUGGACACAUCCUGGGAGACCCUGAACGAAGAGACAACCCAGACACCCUGGACACCAAAAACAUGUCUUUGACUCCCUUCACUCUGGUCAGGCUGGUUACACAUUUGGCCAUGCUGCUGGGGGCCUCAGAGAAAUCACAGGUUGUGCAGCAGAUCAUCCAGCCACCUGUAGAGGACGUUUGUUCUUUUCUCACCCUACACAUACUAAAGGAUCUGGAUCAGCUGUCCCAGGCACUGGGAAGAGGAGCCGACAACACUGUUACAACUGUCCACUUGGUGCUCAGAUCACUGCUGAAGCCAGUACAGACCAAUCACUCUGAUCCUCACCUGACAACAAAAGCAUCCAGAAACACCUGGGAGACGACUGUGGCUGCAGAAAUUAUGACGCCCCAGGUGAAGGAUCUUGAUCAGUUCCUGCAAGAAGCACAGGGCAGCAUCAGGACUGACUCCCGUGUUUCUUCCAACUUCAUCAUGAGGACGACUUUCGGUGAUGAUUGUACCUUCCUGACGUCGCUGCCGCAGGGCUCUCAGGUCCACAGCUCAGCGGUGUGGAGCAGCAGAGAGAGGCUCUCAUUGCUCAGCCUCACACACAUUGUGGAGCAUAGUGAACAAAACGAGGAGCUGCCUUUGCUCUGGAAGUUCCUGCAGAAGGAAAGAGAAUUUCGCCAGAUCAAGUUGCUUCCAGAUAUCCUAAUCCUGCAGAAACGUUUAGUGAGAAAGUUCCAAAAUGCAUCUCACCAGAUUGUGGGCUCCAUCAGAGAAUUCAUUGAGAAGCAAACAGAAAUGAGGUCAUGGUUUGAGAAACGCAUCGACAUCUUCCUGAAAACAUGGAAUCUGCUCAGAGUCUCUGUAACCAGCCAUGAGAUAAAGAUCCCAGAUGAGUUUUGCAGUGAGGAUUUGGACCUGAACAGCGACCUGCAGUACCUCUUGCCCCGGCGGCAGGGUCCAGGCCUGUGUGCCACAGGGUUGGUCAGCUACCUGGUGGCGCUCCACAAUGAGCUGGUCAACGCUGUGGACAGCCACACUGGAGAAGACAUCAGCUACAAGGUGAGUUUGGCGGAGCUAACUGAGCAGCAUGUGAUCAGCUAUGAGGUGGAGAAGGACUUGCUUCCUCUGGUUUUAUCAAACUGCCAGUACAGCUUAGAGCGUGGCCAUGAGACGAUAUCACAGUACGACCUGCCCAGGAUCCAGCAGCAGAUCCUCACCCGCUUCCUGCAGGGAAAACCCCUCAUCAACCGCACAGGAAUUCCAACUCUGGUCAACAUACAAGAGAGAGACUAUGAAACCAUGUUCGAAGCUGUUAAAGGAAAAGUGCCUCAGGAGGCUCUGUCCUCUCUGAUCCGAACUGGACUGUCCAGAGAGCUGGACUCCUACAGUGAGGUGUGUGAGGCACUCAAGAUCGUGGAGCUGCUCCUGGGAUUUCUCACCAUGACCGGUGGUGAACCCAGAAAUCCUCUGGUCGCAUACCUCCGGGACAUGCUGAAGAUGACCGACCACAUCGAUCAGCACAUCUUGCAGGCUCUGGGCAGAUGCACUCUCAGACACUGUAUUUCUCUGUGGCAACUCCUCUCCUCCCUCAAGUCUGAAAACCUGUUGCGUCUCAAGAGGGAGCCAUUUUCUGGGUAUCCAGCGGAGUACCAGGUGCCGCUGAUAGAGGAGGAGAAGAAUCAGCUGAAAGGCUUUGUGUCCAGAGGAAACGUGGACCAAUGGCUGCUAGAGAUGCAUGAGUUCAUCUUGUUAAAUCUUGGCCGCCCGCGGUCCAUUGACACCUACAAACCAACCUGGAGUGUAAAAGAGACUGUGGGUGGUUACAUGGACCGUAAAGAAGUAGAGGUCCCUGCUUACGUGGAAGACAAGUUCCCUGAAAAUCUGUUGCUCUCACAGAUUGUGGAAACCUGGAAAUUCGCCGUCAUUGCCAAACAGGACUGGAUGACUAAUGGAUGAAUCUGAGUUCAGCAGAAUCAUUUCUGAAUCAUACAUUUUUGAA